CUCGCCGGCUCACACCCACAGCCUCCCGCAGCGGGAGGCGUGCGUCCCCGCCGCUCCUCUUCCAAAGGGGCCUCCUCACUUCGGAGAUGCAGUGACAAGUUAAUAUGGGCUUCCAAACCUCGGGUUCCCAGGAGGAGAAUCUCAAGAGGCAAAAGCUCCUGAGCGCCCGGAGGCCUUGAACAGGCCGCCCAGGAGGGGCGUGAGACCUGAUUGCAGCAUCUGUCCAGGUGGGACCAGCUGAGCGCCGCGACCAGUCUUCCGCCCCAUCCCGACGCCCCAAAGGCGCGCUCGCCGGAUUGCUCCGAGCUCCCCGACUCGGGGAUUUCUUCUUUUUUUUUCCUCCGCUGGUGGUGGGCGCCUCGCGGGCCAAGGCCCGGCGCCUGCUCUGCUGCCCGCGCUGCCUUUAGCGGUCGCCUCCGCCGCCGCUGCCAGGGACGUGCUGGGAAAGCCGAAGCCCCGGGAGAAGAUGCCGGCCAUCCUGGUCGCCUCCAAAAUGAAGUCGGGACUGCCCAAACCCGUGCACAGCGCCGCGCCCAUCCUGCACGUGCCCCCAGCCCGGGCCGGCCCCCAGCCCUGCUACCUCAAGUUGGGAAGCAAGGUGGAGGUGAGCAAGACCGCCUACCCUAGCCAGAUCCCGCUGAAAUCGCAGGGGCUGCAGGAGCCGGCGGGGGAGGGGCUCCCGCUGCGGAAGAGCGGCUCAGUGGAAAACGGGUUGGAUACCCAGAUCUAUACGGACUGGGCCAAUCAUUAUCUUGCCAAAUCGGGCCACAAGCGUCUCAUCAAGGACCUCCAGCAAGAUGUGGCGGACGGCGUCCUGCUGGCCCAAAUUAUCCAGGUUGUGGCAAAUGAAAAGAUUGAAGACAUCAAUGGCUGUCCGAAGAACAGAUCGCAAAUGAUUGAAAACAUAGAUGCCUGCUUGAAUUUCCUGGCAGCUAAGGGCAUAAACAUCCAAGGGCUGUCUGCAGAAGAGAUCAGGAAUGGAAACCUCAAGGCCAUUCUAGGCCUCUUCUUCAGCCUCUCCCGAUACAAGCAGCAGCAGCAGCAGCCCCAGAAGCCGCAGCUCUCCUCGCCGCUGCCACCUGCCGCGGCCCCGGCGGCCGGGGCCCCCUCCCAGUGCCAGGCUGGCACUCCUCAGCAACAGGUGCCAGCCACUCCCCAAGCCCCGUGCCAGCCUCACCAGCCAGCGCCACAUCAGCAGUCAAAAGCACAAGCUGAAAUGCAGUCCAGACUUCCAGGUCCUACCGCGAGGGUAUCCGCUGCGGGCAGUGAGGCCAAAACACGCGGAGGGCCAGCCACCGCUAACCACCGACGCAGCCAGAGCUUUAACAACUAUGACAAGUCCAAGCCAGUCACCUCCCAGCCCCCACCGCCACCUCCAAGCAGCCACGAGAAAGAGCCAUCGGCAAGCCCAGCCUCCCCCCACCCCGGAAUGAGCGAGCAUGCACCUGCCUCUUCCGAGAGCGGCGGCCCCUCGGCUCCGGCUAACGUGGGCGCCGCCUCAGCCAUCCCCCAGCCCGGCGCCGCCUGCAAGCCUUGGCGCAGCAAGUCGGUUAGCGUGAAGCACAGUGCCACGGCCGCCAUGCUCUCGGUCAAGCAGCCCGUGCCUGAGGCCCCCAGGCCCAGCCCCGAAGCCAUGAAGCCAGCCCCCAACAGUCAGAAGUCCAUGCUGGAAAAGCUAAAACUUUUCAACAGCAAAGGGGCUUCCAAGGCGGGUGAGGGCCCGGGCUCCCGGGACACGAGCUGUGAGCGGCUCGAGAUGCUGCCCAGCUUUGAAGAGAGUGAAGAGAUGGAGGCGGCGGGUCGCCCGCUCACUGCGGCCGGGCCUGCCUCCAACAGUCCCAAGAUUGCGCUCAAGGGCAUCGCCCAGAGAACGUUCAGCCGGGCGCUGACCACCAAGAAGAGUUCCCCGAAAGGCAAUGAGAAGGAAAAGGAGAAACAGCAGCGGGAGAAGGAAAAGGAGAAAAGCAAGGACCUCGCCAAGAGAGCCUCUGUGACUGAGAGGGUGGACCUCAAAGAGGGGCCGAAGGAAGACCCCAUUGGGGCGGCCGUGACCGAGAUGCCAAAAAAGUCCUCCAAGAUCGCCAGCUUCAUCCCCAAAGGGGGGAAGCUCAGCAGUGCCAAGAAGGAGGCCACGGCCCCUCCCCACAGUGGAAUACCAAAACCAGGGAUGAAGAGCGUGCCCGCGAAGUCCCCAAGUGCCCCCGCCCCUCCCAAGGAGGGGGAGCGGAGCCGGGGUGGGAAGCCGAGCUCGGGGCUUCCCCAGCAGAAGCCCCAGCUGGACGGCAGACACUCCAGUUCCUCCUCCAGCCUGGCAUCCUCGGAAGGAAAAGGCCCAGGCGGGACCACCCUGAACCACAGCAUCAGCAGCCAGACUGUCAGUGGGUCCGUUGGGACCACCCAGACCACAGGAAGCAAUACUGUCAGUGUCCAGCUACCUCAGCCCCAGCAGCAAUACAACCACCCCAACACUGCCACAGUCGCGCCUUUCCUGUACAGGUCCCAGACAGACACCGAAGGGAAUGUGACUGCCGAGUCUAGCUCAGCGGGUGUGAGCAUGGAGCCCAGCCACUACACCAAGAGUGGACAGCCUGCUCUGGAAGAACUCACCGGGGAAGAUCCUGAGGCUCGGCGCCUGCGGACAGUGAAGAACAUCGCUGAUCUGCGGCAGAACCUGGAGGAGACCAUGUCCAGUUUGCGGGGAACUCAGGUUACGCACAGCACGUUGGAAACCACAUUCGACACCAACGUCACCACGGAGAUAAGCGGGCGCAGCAUCCUCAGCUUGACAGGCAGGCCCACUCCUCUCUCCUGGAGACUUGGCCAGUGCAGCCCUCGGCUCCAAGCAGGGGAUGCCCCCUCUAUGGGCAACGGGUACCCGCCUCGAGCCAACGCCAGCCGGUUCAUCAGCACCGAGUCAGGCCGCUAUGUGUACUCUGCCCCUCUGAGGAGGCAGCUGGCCUCUAGAGGCAGCAGCGUCUGCCACGUGGACGUCUCGGACAAGGCAGGAGAUGAGCUGGACCUGGAAGGCAUCAGCAUGGACGCCCCCGGCUACAUGAGCGAUGGGGACGUUCUGAGCAAGAACAUCCGGACGGAUGACAUCACAAGCGGGUACAUGACCGAUGGUGGACUUGGCCUCUACACCCGCCGCCUGAACCGGCUUCCAGAUGGGAUGGCUGUGGUGCGGGAGACCCUGCAAAGAAAUACCUCCCUGGGCCUCGGAGACGCUGACAGCUGGGAUGACAGCAGCUCCGUCAGCAGCGGGAUCAGCGACACCAUAGACAACCUCAGCACUGAUGACAUCAACACCAGCUCCUCCAUCAGCUCCUAUGCCAACACACCUGCCUCCUCUCGCAAAAACCUGGACGUGCAGACCGACGCCGAGAAGCACUCGCAGGUGGAGAGAAAUUCCCUGUGGUCCGGCGAUGAUGUCAAGAAGUCAGACGGAGGGUCAGACAGCGGCGUAAAGAUGGAGCCAGGGUCCAAGUGGAGGCGGAACCCCUCGGACGUGUCCGACGAGUCCGACAAGAGCACGUCCGGCAAGAAGAACCCCGUCAUCUCGCAGACAGGCUCGUGGCGGCGCGGCAUGACGGCUCAGGUGGGCAUCACCGUGCCCAGGACGAAGGCGGCCGCCCCGGCAGGCACGCUGAAGGCCCCAGGAACCGGAAAAACGGACGAUGCGAAGGUGUCUGAGAAAGGCAGGCUGUCUCCCAAAGCUUCUCAGGUGAAGCGCUCCCCAUCAGACGCAGGCCGCAGCAGUGGUGACGAGUCCAAAAAGCCCCUCGCCAGCAGCUCCAGGACGCCCGCUGCCAAUGCCAACAGCUUUGGGUUCAAGAAGCAGAGUGGCUCGGCCGCCGGUCUGGCCAUGAUCACAGCCAGCGGGGCCACCGUCACCAGCAGGUCAGCCACGCUGGGCAAAAUCCCAAAGUCGUCUGCGCUUGUCGGUCGGUCUGCUGGUCGGAAGACGAGCAUGGAUGCGGCUCAGAAUCAGGACGAUGGGUACCUGUCUCUCAGCUCCCGGACAAACUUGCAGUACCGGAGUUUGCCAAGGCCCAGUAAGUCCACCAGCCGGAAUGGGGCCGGAAACAGGUCUAGCACCAGCAGCAUAGAUUCCAACAUCAGCAGCAAGUCAGCGGGCCUGCCGGUGCCCAAGCUGAGGGAGCCUUCCAAGACGGCCCUGGGCAGCUCUCUGCCGGGUCUGGUCAACCAGACAGAUAAGGAGAAAGGCAUCUCAUCGGACAACGAGAGUGUGGCUUCCUGUAACUCAGUGAAGGUGACGCCGGCAGCCCAGCCUGUGUCCAGUGCAGCUCAGGGCACUCUCCAGCCAGGGGCCAAGUACCCUGAUGUGGCAUCUCCCACACUCCGCAGACUCUUUGGUGGGAAGCCUACCAAGCAAGUGCCCAUUGCCACAGCUGAAAACAUGAAAAAUUCAGUCGUUAUCUCCAAUCCUCAUGCCACCUUGACCCAGCAAGGUAACUUGGAGUCCCCCUCCGGCAGCGGCGUCCUGAGCAGUGGCAGCAGCAGUCCUCUCUACAGUAAGAACGCGGAUAUCAACCAGUCUCCUCUAGCCUCCAGCCCCAGCUCAGCCCACUCAGGCCCCUCCAACAGCCUCACCUGGGGCACCAACGCCAGCAGCUCCUCAGCAGUGAGCAAGGACGGCCUGGGCUUCCAGUCCGUCAGCAGCCUCCACACCAGCUGUGAGUCCAUUGACAUCUCCCUCAGCAGUGGAGGGGGCCUGAGCCACAACUCCUCCACCGGCCUCCUCGCCUCCUCUAAGGAUGACUCCCUGACUCCCUUUGUCAGAACCAACAGUGUGAAGACCGCACUGUCGGAAAGCCCUCUCUCUUCCCCUGCCGCUAGCCCUAAGUUCUGCAGAAGUACUCUGCCCAGGAAACAGGACAGUGACCCGCACCUUGAUAGGAAUACUUUGCCUAAGAAAGGACUCAGGUAUGCCCCCACCUCCCAGCUUCGCACACAAGAUGACGCAAAAGAAUGGUUACGGUCCCACUCCGCGGGAGGCCUGCAGGACACCGCCGCCAACUCCCCCUUUUCCUCUGGCUCCAGUGUGACUUCCCCCUCCGGAACGAGAUUCAACUUUUCCCAGCUUGCGAGUCCCACCACUGUCACUCAGAUGAGCUUGUCCAACCCGACCAUGCUGAGAACCCACAGCCUCUCCAAUGCCGAUGGGCAGUAUGACCCGUACACCGACAGCCGCUUCCGCAAUAGCUCCAUGUCCCUGGAUGAGAAGAGCAGAACCAUGAGCCGCUCAGGCUCGUUCCGGGACGGGUUUGAAGAAGUUCACGGAUCCUCGCUCUCCUUGGUUUCCAGCACAUCAUCAAUUUAUUCCACACCAGAAGAAAAAUGCCAGUCAGAGAUUCGCAAACUCCGGCGGGAGCUGGAUGCCUCUCAGGAAAAGGUUUCAGCUUUGACCACCCAACUGACGGCAAAUGCUCACCUUGUGGCAGCCUUUGAACAGAGUCUUGGAAACAUGACCAUCAGGCUCCAGAGCUUGACCAUGACUGCUGAGCAGAAGGAUUCAGAACUGAAUGAGUUAAGGAAAACCAUUGAGCUGCUGAAGAAACAGAACGCAGCUGCCCAGGCUGCCAUUAAUGGAGUAAUUAACACCCCGGAGCUCAGCUGCAAAGGAAACGGUACCUCCCAGUCUGCAGACCUGCGCAUCCGCAGACAGCACUCCUCCGAUAGCGUCUCCAGCAUCAACAGUGCCACCAGCCACUCCAGCGUGGGCAGCAACAUCGAGAGUGAUUCAAAGAAAAAGAAGAGAAAGAACUGGGUCAAUGAGUUGCGCAGCUCCUUCAAGCAAGCUUUCGGGAAGAAGAAGUCCCCCAAGUCAGCGUCCUCUCACUCAGACAUCGAGGAGAUGACAGAUUCUUCUUUGCCGUCCUCGCCCAAAUUACCACACAACGGUUCCACGGGCUCCACCCCGCUGCUGAGGAACUCGCAUUCCAACUCUCUGAUUUCAGAGUGCAUGGAUAGUGAAGCCGAGACGGUCAUGCAGCUCCGAAACGAGCUGAGGGACAAGGAGAUGAAGCUGACAGACAUCCGCCUGGAAGCCCUCAGCUCUGCACACCAGCUGGACCAGCUCCGGGAGGCCAUGAACAGGAUGCAGAGUGAAAUAGAGAAGCUGAAAGCGGAGAAUGACCGGCUGAAGUCGGAGUCUCAAGGCAGUGGCUGCAGCCGGGCGCCGUCCCAGGUGUCCCUCUCUGCCUCCCCGAGGCAGUCCAUGGGCCUCUCCCAGCACAGCCUCAACCUCACAGAGUCGACCAGCCUGGACAUGUUGCUGGAUGACACUGGUGAAUGCUCGGCUCGGAAGGAAGGAGGCAGGCAUGUUAAGAUAGUUGUCAGCUUUCAGGAGGAAAUGAAGUGGAAGGAGGAUUCCAGACCACACCUCUUUCUUAUUGGCUGCAUCGGAGUUAGUGGCAAGACGAAGUGGGAUGUGCUCGAUGGGGUGGUUAGACGGCUUUUCAAAGAAUACAUCAUUCACGUCGACCCGGUGAGUCAGCUCGGGCUGAACUCCGACAGCGUCCUGGGCUACAGCAUUGGGGAGAUCCGGCGCAGCACCGCCUCUGAGACCCCUGAGCUGCUUCCCUGUGGCUACCUGGUUGGAGAGAACACCACCAUCUCUGUGACCGUCAAAGGGCUCGCGGAAAACAGCCUGGACGCGCUGGUGUUCGAGUCCCUGAUCCCCAAGCCCAUCCUGCAGCGCUACGUGUCCCUGCUGGUGGAGCACCGGCGCAUCAUCCUGUCCGGCCCCAGCGGCACCGGGAAGACCUACCUGGCCAACCGGCUGUCGGAGUACCUGGUGCUUCGGGAGGGCCGGGAGCUGACGGACGGGGUCAUCGCCACCUUCAAUGUGGACCACAAGUCCAGCAAGGAAUUGCGCCAGUACCUGUCCAACCUCGCCGACCAGUGCGCCAGCGAGAACAACGCUGUGGACGUGCCCCUCGUCAUCAUCCUGGACAACCUGCAUCACGUCGGCUCCCUGGGCGAGGUCUUCAAUGGGCUGCUCAACUGCAAGGACCACAAAUGCCCGUACAUCAUCGGCACGAUGAACCAGGCUACCUCGUCCACUCCCAACCUGCAGCUUCAUCACAACUUCAGGUGGGUGCUCUGUGCCAACCACACGGAGCCUGUGAAGGGUUUCCUUGGCCGGUUCCUGAGGCGGAAGCUCAUGGAAACAGAGAUCAGUGGGCGGGUGCGCAAUGUGGAGCUGGUAAAAAUCAUCGACUGGAUUCCCAAGGUCUGGCAUCACCUCAACCGCUUCCUGGAGGCACACAGCUCCUCGGACGUCACCAUAGGCCCCCGGCUCUUCCUGUCGUGCCCCAUCGACGUGGAUGGCUCCAGGGUGUGGUUCACUGACUUGUGGAACUACUCCAUCAUCCCCUAUCUCCUGGAAGCCGUCAGAGAAGGACUCCAGCUCUAUGGGAGGCGGGCCCCCUGGGAGGAUCCCGCCAAGUGGGUGAUGGACACCUACCCUUGGGCAGCCAGCCCACAGCAGCACGAGUGGCCUCCCCUGCUGCAGCUCCGGCCUGAGGAUGUCGGCUUUGAUGGCUACUCCAUGCCUCGGGAAGGGUCAACGAGCAAGCAGAUGCCCCCCAGCGAUGCUGAAGGAGACCCGCUGAUGAACAUGCUGAUGAGGCUGCAGGAGGCAGCCAACUACUCCAGCCCCCAGAGCUACGACAGCGACUCCAACAGCAACAGCCAUCACGACGACAUCCUGGACUCGUCCCUGGAGUCUACGCUGUGACAGGGGCCCGGCCGUGGAGCCGGCCCACCUCCUCCCCUCCUCACCCGGCUCCACCUCGAUCCUCUGCACCAUCCUGAAGAUGCCCUCCUGAGCCAGCCCCCGGCCGCAGCCUGAAAGCUGCAAGGGACCCCAAGACCCCUCGUCCUGCAGCCUUGACCUAGGUGCAGCAUCCCGGGCCAGCCGCUCUGGACCACGUCCUUCCACAGUGAGAACUGCACUAUCGUCUGUUUUGUUUUCGUUGUUGUUUUGCCUUGUUGCUGUGACCUCCCUAAGACACUGAAGAUACUUCUCGGGAAAGGAUCAUCACCACUGAAACGAAAAGAAUUAAAAAAAAAAGACCCCACCUGAAACUUGGAACCAAGAAGUAUCCUGCCAUGAGCUGCCCAGAGACAGAAGGGGCUGGAGCGCAGGUGGAAACGUAGACAGCACGGCUUCCCCUCAGCACAGACCCUCCAGACCAGCUCUGCCGCCAGCACGCCCACUUCCACGCCAACCCGCCUGUCCACCCAGCCAGCCACAGACUGAACUGGUGCUAGCUAGGACACUUGCUUUUGUCACUCAACAAACCACAGAGCUACAGUGCAGGGAAACCUUAGGAAAAAGUAAAUCGUGCUCUCUGUUCUGUUUUUAAAUGGUGCUCUCCUUGCCCGAGAGGUAUUUUGCCUGUUCCAGUCCAACCACACCUUUCAGAUCCGUCAGCCUCCGAUGAACCCACGAGAGUUAGUGUGGGGUCGUGCGAAUGUGUGCGAGCGGAUGUGGCUGCCAUGCAGAAUGGCCUGUGUCUGUUUCCUUCUUAGAGACAAGUGAAUCAGGUUUCCUUUCUGACAACACUGUGUGCCGUGAGAAUUGGUCUGCUCUGGAGAACUGAUCACCCCUUUGAAAAUGAGGUUGAGUUUCUCCCUUUCGGACUGUUUGAUUUUGAAGAUCCUUCUCCUUCCCCUCUCGGUCGGAAUCGAUCCUUUGGUGAAAGUGAGAACCACAGGAGUUGAGUUUUGGUUUGGUCCUGCUGAGUUUGGGUUUUCAGUUGUCCAUCCUCACAGUUCUGCACGCUCACCUCCUCCCCCUGGGGUUGGGGGUGGUUGCGUCCGUAACGUGGACCAGGACCCCAUCCCCAACACGCGGGUAAGCCCACCUUGCCUUUCCUUCUCGUCCUCGAGGCUUCAGAACGUGCGUCGACACCUCGAGCGCCAGCCCCAACCUCAGCCCGGGUGGGGAGGUCACCUCGUGAAACAUUUGCACUUUCCUCAGAACCAACGGGACGCAAUUCAACACGGGGGGGCGGCCGCUCCCUUCCAGAAGCCCCAGCCCUGGCCUCUGUCCGGACGAGCCUUGCCUGACCUCUUUGGUGCUGACCUUCCCAAAGCGAUGCCUUACUGGUUUUGUACUAACCGUGUCCAUUUAUGAGUGUCGUGCCUGCCUGGGGUCCGUUUUUUUGUUUCCCCCUCAGAGCAAACAGGGCUAAGAAGUCAUCUACUCCUUAGAAGAACUCAAGUCGCUGUGACUUUUCUCAUCCAGUAGACUCGUUUGUGUGGAUGCGUGACUAUGGGAAAAAGAAAAAAAAGAUCCAUUUUUUAGGUUCUUAUCAGCCUGCAGCUAACACCCUGACUGGACAACGAUCUGUCUUGUGCAGGAAAAGGCAGAAGUUCCUACAAGUCUACGUAACAUUGCUGAGACAUGCCUGCUCGUGUGUGUCUUCAACAUGCUGGUUAUUUUCUUUACAGGGUGUGGUAAAUCUUUGAGUUGUUUGUUUCUGUCUUAUAAAGAGAAUCUUUAUUGGACCCCAGUGGGGGUGUCUCUGUUAACGAUCAGGGUUUUUAUUGCAUCUUUUACAUUUCUAUUUCUGAAGAUCCAUCUCUCUGCAUUUUUUUCUUACUUUCUUCCCACAAGAGCUUGACCUGAAACUGCUCACAUUACGUUGGAUGACACCGUUUUCUUCCUGGAAAGGAAAAGGGGAAUGUGUCCCGCUAGCUGGGGAAUGGAAAACCUCUCGUCCUGUCUCUGCUUUAAUCUCAGUGGACUCAACCCCCUGCCGAGCCUUCCUUAGUCAUCUGGGUGUGUGAGUGUGGCUUGUUCUGUUCUGUUUUUCAUAACGCUUUUGAUCCAUAUAUUUAGCCUGUGACCACGGGCCACACCCUGAGCCUUCUGGUAAACCUGAAGAGUGGUCCUUCUCAAUUUAUCUCCCAGCGAUGACCUUACACGCUCAUACUGUGAAUUUGGGAGGAGGUAAAAUUGACUUCUCCUCUUGGGCAGUUUUCCCAGCCACCUGGUGAGUAGACACCUGCAGUAUUGUUCACAACUUUUUUUUUUUACGACACCCUCUCUUCACUUUCUCUUCUCCCCUUUCCCACAGACUUCCCUCCCACUGGGUCCAGGGCAGAACUGAGACCUCUGUCCCUGGUGCUGCCCGACUGGCGACCGGUGACUUUAAGUAGUGUAACCCUUGUACGAUUCACAGCUCGGUGUCCUUCCUACAGUUUCGGGAAGCAGGGUUGUCUGACAUGCACAUUUCUUAUUUUGGUCCUCUUCUACUUCAGUGUCACUCACCUUUGACAAAGUGACUUUCUACUCAUUUAGGGCUCUGUCCAAAAUGCUUCCAUUUUGCCUUUUUUUACAUUUAGGCUAAUUUUGAAAUAUAUGAAAUUCUAUGCAACAUUUAUGUUGAGUUACCAAUGGAAGCCAAAAGUUUUCUUCCCAAACUGCCAAGAAUUUUACGGGCCAUAAAUGAGAUGGGGGUACCGUUUAAUUUAAGGGUGGGGGGGGUAGGGGUGGGACAGGAACAAGAACAAGAUUUGCCUAGACCUUUGUUGUAUCUUGGGGAUGUUUUUUAUUUUACUGUUGAUGCUUAAAUUUCAAAAUUCUGUGUAUUCAAAUUUGAUCGUGGCGAAUCUACUUCAAAAGAAAAAAAUAAUCUGACUUUGUGGAUACUAAAUGGAAGGUUUGCUGUUUUGAGCUAGUUGUUUCCAGUGGAGCAGUUUAUGAAAUAUGUUCUAUAAGAUGUACAUUUUUUCAUUGUAACAUAGAAAUUGUAAAUAAUUGAUUAAAGUGCUGCAUUUUGAUGAAUUUUUUCUAGCCAUUUUUAAAGAGAAAACUAGGAAUUGAGUAUUUUGUGUACGGUAUGUUUCCAUCUUCCCUCCCUGCCUUUGGCCCUCCCCCCACCACCUUCUGCCUUCCGCCCCCCUCCCUACCUUCCUCCCCCCCCCCCCCCCCCCCCCCCCCCCGCCUUCCUCCCCUCCCCCUCCUUCUUCCUCCCUCCCACCCUCCUUCCCUAUUUAAUUUUCAUUUGUCCUGAGGUUUUUGGAUUUGCCAACGAUCUGCUGGAGAUCAUGCCCCACGUCAUAGAGAAUAAAGCUGAUGAUUGU